CAAGUCCCAUGAAAAUCAAGCCUCAAACCAACUCUCCUUCGGAAUUCUAAGAGCUUUAAUUCUACUUCUACAAUGGCUGCUGCUACAAUGGCUCUUUCUUCCUCUACCUUCGCCGGAAAGGCAGUAAAACUCACACCAUCUUCCUUUGAACUCACAGGAAAUGGGAGAUUCACCAUGAGAAAGACUGCUAGCAAGGCCAAGCCCGUCUCUUCUGGCAGCCCAUGGUAUGGUCCUGACCGUGUCAAGUACUUGGGCCCAUUCUCUGGUGAAGCCCCAAGCUACUUGACUGGUGAGUUCCCUGGUGAUUACGGGUGGGACACUGCAGGACUUUCAGCUGACCCAGAAACCUUCGCCAAAAACCGAGAGCUUGAGGUGAUCCACUGCAGAUGGGCCAUGCUUGGAGCUCUUGGUUGUGUCUUCCCUGAGCUCUUGGCACGUAAUGGUGUUAAGUUCGGUGAGGCUGUAUGGUUCAAGGCUGGAUCACAAAUUUUCAGUGAAGGUGGACUUGACUACUUGGGUAACCCAAGUUUGGUCCAUGCACAAAGCAUCUUGGCCAUUUGGGCUUGCCAAGUUGUCUUGAUGGGAGCUGUUGAGGGUUACCGUGUUGCUGGUGGACCUCUCGGUGAGGUUGUUGACCCACUUUACCCCGGUGGUAGCUUCGACCCCUUGGGCCUUGCUGAUGACCCAGAGGCUUUUGCUGAGCUCAAAGUAAAGGAGAUCAAGAACGGUAGACUAGCCAUGUUCUCCAUGUUUGGAUUCUUCGUUCAAGCUAUCGUAACCGGAAAGGGUCCAUUGGAGAAUCUUGCUGAUCACCUGGCCGACCCAGUUAACAACAACGCUUGGGCCUUUGCUACAAACUUCGUUCCCGGAAAGUGAAGUUCUUAAAAUUAAGUCACCUCUAGUUUGAUUGUUUGAUGGCCCUAGGCAGUAAAGCUAGCAAAUGUAAAUUACUUGGACUAUAUAUGAUUUUUUUUUUUUUUUGAUCUCCACUAAUUGUGUAGUUUCAUAUACUCCUAUAUAUUUUAGCUGUACUUUGUGCAACAUCUACAUCAGGCUAAACUUCCAGGUUGUAUGUACAUAUUUAUAUUUCAGAAUGGCAUAUCCAGUCAUAAGUCAUUACAAAUUAAAGUUUUAUCUUCAAUGUUAAGCUAUGUGACAUUGUUUUUAUAGGCAA